AUGCUUCUUCAUGUGCUGAUGCUGUCGCUUCUCUCCGGUGGUUCAGCCAGAAUUGUGCGGGAUUUUGAGAGUGGCUGUGGCCAAUUUUUUGCAAAUGGAAGAUCACCUACAAGAUUUCCUGGACUACAGUACAGACAGAUCUGCCAAAUGCGAAAGGAUGUUGAUUAUUAUGCCACAUUUUAUGACACCGAGAACAAGAUCCCUGUGUACUCAGCCUACAAGUUUGAAGGGAUAAUGCACUGUAAAAGACGAGCUAGUUGGUACAUUGAACCUCAAAUUGAUGAUAAUAAUGGAAGACCAAACAUGGCAUCUGAGGGGUCUGUGGAUAUACAAGUACGUGGAGACCGUCAAGCUCUUAAUAGAGACUAUUACCGCUCUGGAUACCACAAAGGUCAUCUGGCACCAGUCUACCUGGCAAACUCACAGAGCUGUGCUUAUGCCACCUUCACUCUCACCAAUGCUGCUCCACAAGCUGAUUAUUUUAACCGUGUUUUAUGGUGGGAUGUAGAAAAAUCGAUGGCACAAUAUCUGGAAUGGGGAUGUAUUGGAAAACCUUUAUAG